AUGCCCCACUUUAGAGUAAAUAUGGAAGUCAGUGGUUCACAGUAGACCUUAUAACUGUGGAUUAUUGUAGAUUUUACUCAGGACUCUGAGUGAAAACCACUGCUUCCAUUAACACAAGGCAAGCAAAGCUCUUUUCUUGCCACCAGAAGGAUACUUUACCGGUAGAAUACUACAGGAGGAACACCGAAAAAGGAAACAUUUUACCGGUCGGAUAUUUGCGAUGACGGAGAGCAGAUUCAAGUGAUCGAAAACCAGCGCUGACAGCAUUUUAAUAAUUCACAUAUCAUUUCAUAAUUUAUUUAUUUUUUGCCAAGGACUGCUAAAAUGGCAGACGAGUGCAACAUCAAGGUUAUAUGCCGUAUUCGGCCCUUGAAUGAGAUAGAAGAGAGGGCUGGGAGCAAAUUCAUCGCAAAAUUUCCGUCUGAUGACUCGGUCACUAUGGGACAGGGCAAGUUGUUUAUGUUUGAUAAGGUGUUAAAACCAAAUAUUACACAAGAGUCUGUGUAUGAGGUAGCAGCAAAGCCCAUUGUUGCUGAUGUUCUCGGUGGUUACAAUGGAACAAUAUUUGCCUAUGGACAGACAUCUAGUGGCAAGACACACACUAUGGAGGGUGUGCUUGGGGACACCACAAAACAGGGCAUCAUUCCAAGAAUUAUCUCUGACAUUUUCCAGUACAUCUAUCAGAUGGAUGAAAACUUAGAAUUUCAUAUCAAGGUUUCCUACUUUGAAAUCUACAUGGACAAGAUUAGGGAUUUGCUAGAUAUCACCAAAACCAACCUGUCAGUCCAUGAAGACAAGAACCGUAUUCCCUAUGUGAAGGGUUCCACAGAGAGGUUCGUGUCCAGCCCAGAGGAGGUGUUUGAAGUGAUAGAUGAAGGCAAGGCCAACAGACACGUGGCAGUCACAAACAUGAAUGAGCACAGCUCUCGCAGUCACAGUGUGUUCCUGAUUCAAGUGAGGCAAGAGAACUUGGAGACACAGAAAAAACUGAGCGGCAAACUGUACCUUGUGGAUUUGGCUGGUAGUGAGAAGGUUAGCAAGACAGGCUGUGAGGGUACCACUCUGGAUGAGGCAAAGAACAUCAAUAAAUCUCUGUCAGCUUUAGGAAAUGUCAUAUCAGCUCUGGCAGAUGGAAAUAAAACCCACGUUCCCUACAGAGACAGCAAGCUGACCAGGAUUCUGCAGGAGAGUUUGGGAGGUAACGCCAGGACCACCAUGAUCAUUUGCUGCUCUCCCGCCUCUUACAAUGAGUCUGAGACCAAAUCAACCCUCAUGUUUGGACAGAGAGCCAAGACAAUCAAGAAUACAGUGAUGGUGAAUGAGGAGCUGACGGCUGAGGAGUGGAAGAGGAGGUAUGAGAAGGAGAAAGAGAAGAGUGGCAGGCUGAGAGGACAGCUGCAGAAACUGGAGAGUGAACUCAACAGGUGGAGGAAUGGUGAGGCAGUCCCCAAGGAGGACCAGUUGAACCCCAAGGACAUCACAGACGUCAUGAUGGAGAGCAUGACCAGCAGUACAGCCUCCCUGCCCUCACUGCUGCCAUCUAGUGGCAAGGGCACCCUCAGUGAUGACGAGAGAAGAAUGUUUGAAGAGGAGAAGGAGAAGCAGUACAAGGAACUCCAGGAUAAGGAAGAUGAGAUCGCUAACCAGGCCACUUUGGUGGAGCGCCUCAAGGAACAGAUGAUGGAGCAAGAGGAACUGAUUGCCGCUACACGCCGCGACUACGACGUGCUGCAGCAGGAGAUGGCACGCAUUCAAGGCGAAAACGACAGCGCUAAGGAGGAGGUGAAGGAGGUGCUCCAGGCCCUGGAGGAGCUGGCGAUGAACUACGACCAGAAAUCACAGGAGGUUGACAACAAGAACAAGGAGAAUGAACAGCUGACCGAUGAACUGAAUUCAAAGAGUAACCUUCUAAACAACACCCAGGCUGAACUACACCAGAUCAAGGAUUCCAGCCUCCACCAAAAGAAGAGGACGUCAGAGAUGAUGAUCAGCCUGCUGCGCGACCUCAGUGAGAUAGGUGGCGUUAUUGGGGGCAGCGCUGGGGACAUUGCUAAGCCUAGCAUAGGUCAGAGUGAGAAAAUCGAGGAAGAGUUUACGGUGGCACGGCUGUACAUCAACAAGAUGAAGUCAGAGGUGAAGACCCUCUGCACACGCACCCAGACACUGGAGCAGUCCCAGACCAGCAGUAACGACAAGAUUAACGCCUACGAGAAGGAGUUGUCUGAGAUGAAGAUUCUGACACAGAGUAAUGAAGCUAAGAUCAAGUCCCUGACAGAGAACCUUAAAGAGACAGAGAAGAAGAAGAGACAGUUGGAGGAGUCUGUGGAUGGGUUAGAGGAGGAGUGUGCUAAGCUUAAGGCCCAAGAGCAAGUGUACAAUGUGAAGGCAGAGGAAGCCAAGUCUGCCAAUGACAUGAAGACAGCCCUGGAGAAGCAGAUGGAAAGCCACAGGGAGGCCCACCAGAAACAGCUGAAUGCACUCAGAGAUGAGAUUGCAGAGAAACAGAACCAGAUAGAGCAACUGAAAGAGGUGAACCAAAAGUUGAGCCUGGCCCACGACCAGCUCCAAGCCGACCAUGACAAACUGAAGGCAGAGGAGGCUGAGAAGGCCACCAAGCUCAGCGAGGUCUCCCUACAGCUGGAGAAGAGGGAGCAAGCCAAGCAGGACCUCAAGGGUCUGGAGGAGACUGUAGCCAAAGAGCUCCAGACCCUCCACAACCUGAGGAAACUGUUUGUCCAGGACCUGCAGGCCAGAGUCAAGAAAGUCAAAGAUGCUGGUUUGGAUGAGGAAGAAGAUGCCACCAGCAGUGCUGCUCAGAGACAGAAGAUUUCAUUCCUAGAAAACAAUCUAGAUCAGCUCACCAAAGUACACAAACAGCUUGUGCGUGACAAUGCUGAUUUGAGGUGCGAGCUGCCCAAGCUGGAAAAGAGGCUGCGUGCCACCAUGGACCGCGUCAAGGCGCUGGAGAGUGCGCUAAAAGAUGCGAAGGAGGGUGCUAUGAGAGAUAGGAAGAGAUAUCAGCAUGAGGUGGACAGAAUCAAAGAAGCUGUGAGACAGAAGAAUCUGCAGAGAAGAAUGCAGCAUGCUCAGAUUGCCAAACCAAUCCGUGCAGGCCAGGGCCAUCAUGGCGGUGCUCCAGUUGGGAUCCGUGGUGGCGCACCACCUGUGGUGAAACCAGUGGCACAGCAGCCUGCAGCGUGAAUCCUGAAGAAGUCCCAUGCUGCUUCCACAAUUUUGUGGGAAAUACAGAUUUGAUGCCACCUGAGAUCAUAUAUUUCACAUCACCAUACCAUACCAGUGCCAGCAUAGGUCAAGUUGUCAUACAGAUUGACUGUGAGAGCAUCUUUGCAUAAGGCCGCACAGAAAGCAUGCCUUUCUGAAGAUUUAUUCUAAAUACCAAUGUGGGAUGUUUGAUACCAUGUAGGAGGUGUGUCUGGAGAUCUAAAGAACCAUUACUAUCAUUCAGAUGUCUGUGUAAGGAGGUGUCUCUGAAGUGCAACAAAGUGGCAUUGUACCUGUAUUUCCAGGAGUGCGGAAUGGGAAACAAAUUGCAUCUGUAUUCUCAGAAUUGUGGAAUGGGAAACAAGUUGCAUCUGUAUAUACACCUUGAACUUAUGGUUAUGUAACUUAGAAUUGAUGCUUGUUGACAAGUUUCCUUAAUGACAUGUCAUUAAAUGUAGUGUUUUACUUUGUAAUCUGCAGUUUUUAUUGCAGCAUAAGAUGAAACUGAUGUUGGAUUCAUUGAAGAAGGCGUGGAAAUGUUACUGCAUAUACUUACCUCCCUGUAUUUUGUAAGGAUCAAAAUGUCAGUUCUUUAAAACAUCAAAAAAAUCUGAAUUUUGCAAGUCGUAUUGAGUUGUCAAAUAAUCUAUUGGUUGCAUUUAAGGCCUCUGUUUACCUGCCAGUGUCUUAUUCUAAACUGCUCUCAGCAUAAUUUACAAGACCAUAUUCUCAGCACCCACAAGCCUGGGGCAAGGGAUGAUUCCCCUGAGAUUAUAACCCCAACACAGCCUGCUUCUUCUCAUGCUGCCAUAUCAACUGUAUUAGAUAUAUGAUAAUGAUAAUAGUAAUAAUGAUAAACAAAUCUGUGGCUUCAAAAAUAUUGUGUAUCAUAUGCCAUUGUAGCUUUUUAUCUGGGAUAAAGCAGAAUAUGCCCACUAUGUUGAUUUAUGUACAUUUUGAAUAAUUGAAUUGGAAUGUUUAAAGACAAUUAUGUAUGUAUCAUUGUAGAUAUUUGCAUGUGGUUUUUUGAUAGAAGAUUGUUGCCAGGUGUAUUAUAACCUGCUGGCUAGAGUAGGAAUUAAGAACUUGCUUAUUGUUAGAUCAUUUGUGGUUAUGAAAUGGAAAUGUGACUUGGGAUAAUGAUUGUGCAAUGUUUUUUUUUUUUUUUAAAGAAAUCUAGCUAAGCUUGGUGUAAAGUAUUAAUGACACAAUUUGCUUCAUAUUAAUGCUACACCUUUAAAUGUCACAAACCUGUUUUUGGGACCUGUACUUUGGUUUAGUCAAAUAUAUAUUAUAUAAUUUUAUGUGUAAAUUAAUAUUGUUUAAACACAAAGUACUUUAAAAUUACUCUCUCAUUCACGGCACAUUUUUUUCUUAAUUAUUUUGAGAGAUAGCUGUGAGCUUUAUACUACUGUACAUAUUUUUGCCAUAUUGUCAACAGAUCUGAAGAAAGAAAAAUUCCUUUGAUAAUAUCCGUCAGUUUUAUUCAGAACUGUCUUUUUGUGCAAGGUUGUGCAAGAUUUCACAAGUGCAUAGGAUCCUAUUGGGGGGUGG